AUGUCGUUUAAGUUCAACAUCCACAACAUCCCACUGCUUGCGACUGUCCCGAGCGGUUGGCUGGACGACCAAGAAAGCCUGAGAAGCUCCACAAAGCCAGAGCUGCAGGUCCGCGGCCUUCUGCUGGGCCUCGGCACCAACGCUUCGACGGCGAAAGGCCGUGUCGCAGCCUUCUUCGGGGAGAGGUUCGCCCCUGUGCGCUCCACCAUGACGGAGACGCCGCAGAAGACCCGGCAGGUGGCCGCUGACGUCGAGAAGGAUCCAGGCGCUGCAGCUGCAGCUGUGCCGGCUCCUGCGGAGGGCUCCGACCCCGAGUGGACGCCAUCGGAGCGGUCAGAAGUGCGAGACGAGGAGGACAGCGAGGUCGCAACUCCGGAGUGCUCUUUGUCCCCGGGUGAAAGUCUCAUUGUCGCCCACCUCUCUUGGCGCGCAGCAGCAACAGCACUGCAGCACAGCCUGGAUGUGGCCUCCGUGUACAUUGCCUCGGCGAUGGGCGGAGACACGCCGCUGCGUUGGGACGAGAUCCACGCCUGCGACCUGGAGAAGUUGGAGGAUCGCCUGGACGAUGUGCUGCGUGGGUUGCUGCGUGGCCUGGAGGCUUGCGAUCUUCGGCUGAACCGGCUCUCCGUGGAGUUGGACUGCCUAGACGAUGGCGAGGCAGAAGGACUCUUCGGCUCGGAGGGCAAGCUCAAGGAGGAUUUGGAGGAGAUCCAGGCCGUUCGUGCUGAAGUGGCAGAGUUUGCCAAGCGGAGCCGACACUGGGAAGCUUCGGCGUCACGUGCCCUUGGCCACAUCGUCGGCAUCGAAGCCAUUUCGGACUUCGUUGGUGAGGCCGUGCCCAGCCUCGACGACUUCGUGGCCCACUGUGGAGACUUCGCAGCCCGACGUCGCGCCGCAGUGGCCCGGGCAAAGGCCGCUAUCGAAGUUGCCGAUGCUUCGGAGCGCGCCACAGCCGUGGCAAUGCUUCAGGACGCCCUGAGCCCGUCAAGUCGCGUCGACUUCCCUCGGGUCACCGAGAUCUGCCAGCGUGUCGCAGACAGACCAGACGAGGCCGCACCUAGCGCAGCGGUCCUUUGGGCUGCGAUGUCCUCGUCCUCGGAUUCAGACAGCGAGUCGCCCAAGAAACAGCUCAAGGCCCUGACUAUUGCUCACGAGCUGCUUUACGACGACAGAGUGCUUUCAGCCUUUGCCGCACUGGAGACUGCGCCACUGCGAGGUCUCGAAGCACUGCCUCCUGGUUCCGUUCUCGGCAAACCAGCCGAGGAGGCGGUACGCAUGCUGGCAGCGGAGGUUCGGCGUCGCGUCGAGGAGAAGCAAGAUACGGUUGCGCGAAGCUCCAGGCGCCGUGCGACCUGGAGCUUUCCCUCGCUAAGUCGAGGGCGCAGCUUAGGAGCGGCCGAGUCGUCACCCCGGCAACCGCGGCUCCAGUCGUCGAAGUCGGCCCCGCUGGAGGCGCCACCAGAGCCGGACUUGGAAGGGCCCGAGGCCUUGCUCCGGCAGCUCCGGCGAUGGGGUUCCUGGUACCACAUUCGCGGGGACCAGGAGAGGCAGAUUCUCGGAGAGCUCCGGCAGCGCUUUCUUUCGCUCCUCAAUAACCUGGCGCGAGUCGCGGAGGAGCUAGACUGUCUGGACGACGGAUCGUCAGGGAUCGAUCUCCGGGCCGUUGUUGCCCAGCUGCAGCCCUUCCUUUUGUCGGGCUCCGACCUGCAGGCCCGGGCCUGUGCCUGGUGCCAGGCUUUAGAAGCCUCCCAACAACGAGCCGGACCGAGUUCUCCAGUUGCUACCUCGCCUCUCUCAUCCGGCUCUUCGGUGGAUGUCGAGGUUCCGACCCUAGAGCCCGAGCACCUGGCCGACUUUCUCGAAGAGGCUUUGGCCGCUUUUGCCUCCUUGUCGCGGCGGUUGAGGGGCUGUGCAGCGCUUCGCCGAGAGGUGGUGGAGCAGGCCAAAGCCAGGAUAGAGGCUGGCCCCAUCGAUGGCUUCGAGGUACUCCCAAAGGGAGACGGAAGCGGCUGGUCGUGA